AAUUAAUUAAACUAAUUAGCCUUUUUCAUUAGUUUUGUUACUGGAAACGGUUCGUUUUUAGUGCACAGAGACCAAGGUUUAAUUCUUUAAUAAAUUCAAUGGAGAGAUUAGAAACUUGUGAAUCUCGUUCUCUCUCUCUCUUCUCUUACUAGCUUUUGAGUCGACAAAAGAGAGAGAAGAUCAUUAAACUCAAACCCAAAAAUUAAAAAACAAAAGGGAAAAAGAAAAAAUAACUACAAAGAGAUCUAUCUUUAGGGUUUCAAAACUUUCUUGAGUUUCAGAUCGAAUUGAUGGAAGAUAUACUUGGAGAAGAAAAUCAAAUCACGAAAAUAUAUUAAUCAAGAACCUUGAAGAUUUGAAGGAAACCAAAGUUGACAACUCCUAAUUAAAUAUCUAACUGAGUGAUCAUAGUCAAUCAUCCACCACAAUGUACCAUCCAAACAUGUUUGAGAGCCAUCAUAUGUUCGAUAUGACCCCAAAGAGUACCUCCGAUAACGACUUGGGAAUCACCGGAAGCCGAGAAGAUGAUUUUGAGACCAAGUCUGGUGCAGAAGUCACCACUGAGAAUCCUUCUGGUGAAGAGCUUCAAGAUCCUAACCAACGUCCCAACAAAAAGAAGCGUUACCAUCGCCACACGCAACGCCAAAUUCAAGAGCUCGAAUCAUUCUUUAAGGAAUGUCCUCAUCCAGAUGAUAAGCAACGAAAAGAGUUGAGCCGCGAUCUCAAUUUAGAGCCUCUUCAAGUAAAGUUUUGGUUCCAAAACAAACGUACACAGAUGAAGGCACAAAGUGAGAGGCAUGAGAACCAGAUUCUAAAGUCAGACAAUGACAAGCUCAGAGCAGAGAACAAUAGAUACAAAGAAGCUCUAAGCAAUGCUACAUGCCCUAACUGUGGUGGUCCAGCUGCUAUUGGAGAAAUGUCAUUUGACGAACAACAUCUCAGGAUCGAAAAUGCUCGACUCCGCGAAGAGAUUGAUAGGAUCUCUGCUAUUGCUGCCAAAUACGUUGGGAAGCCAUUAGGAUCGUCUUUUGCUCCACUAGCGAUCCACGCUCCUUCUCGUUCCCUUGAUCUUGAAGUUGGAAACUUUGGGAACCAGACAGGAUUUGUAGGAGAAAUGUAUGGAACAGGGGACAUUUUGAGGUCGGUUUCGAUCUCUUCUGAGACAGAUAAGCCUAUAAUCGUCGAGCUAGCGGUUGCAGCUAUGGAGGAACUCGUGAGAAUGGCUCAAGCCGGGGAUCCUUUGUGGGUUUCAACCGAUAAUUCGAUUGAGAUUCUCAAUGAAGAAGAGUAUUUCAGAACGUUUCCAAGAGGAAUCGGACCAAAGCCAUUAGGAUUGAGAUCAGAGGCGUCGAGACAAUCUGCGGUUGUUAUAAUGAAUCACAUCAAUCUCGUUGAGAUUCUCAUGGAUGUGAAUCAAUGGUCUUGUGUUUUCUCUGGGAUUGUGUCAAGAGCCUUGACACUUGAAGUUCUUUCAACUGGAGUUGCUGGGAACUACAAUGGUGCUUUGCAAGUGAUGACAGCUGAGUUUCAAGUUCCAUCACCGCUAGUCCCAACGCGUGAGAACUACUUUGUGAGAUACUGCAAACAACAUAGCGACGGUUCUUGGGCUGUGGUUGAUGUCUCUUUGGAUAGCCUUAGACCGAGUACUCCGAUCUUAAGAACCAGAAGAAGGCCUUCAGGUUGUCUGAUUCAAGAAUUGCCUAAUGGUUAUUCCAAGGUUACAUGGAUAGAGCAUAUGGAGGUAGAUGAUAGAUCAGUUCACAACAUGUAUAAACCAUUGGUUCAUUCCGGUUUAGCUUUCGGUGCAAAACGUUGGGUGGCUACACUCGAACGACAAUGCGAGCGGCUUGCUAGCUCCAUGGCCAGCAACAUUCCUGGUGAUCUUUCUGUGAUAACGAGCCCUGAAGGAAGGAAGAGUAUGUUGAAGCUAGCUGAGAGAAUGGUUAUGAGUUUCUGUAGUGGUGUUGGCGCGUCGACUGCACACGCUUGGACAACAAUGUCGACAACAGGAUCCGAUGAUGUUCGGGUCAUGACCCGGAAGAGUAUGGAUGAUCCGGGGAGACCUCCGGGUAUUGUUCUUAGUGCAGCUACUUCAUUCUGGAUCCCAGUUGCUCCCAAACGUGUUUUCGAUUUCCUUCGUGACGAAAAUUCAAGAAAAGAGUGGGAUAUUUUGUCAAAUGGAGGUAUGGUUCAAGAAAUGGCUCAUAUAGCCAAUGGUCACGAACCUGGGAAUUGCGUCUCCUUGCUCCGAGUUAAUAGCGGGAACUCGAGCCAGAGCAACAUGUUGAUUCUACAAGAGAGCUGUACAGACGCAUCAGGAUCGUAUGUGAUUUACGCGCCAGUGGAUAUAGUGGCGAUGAAUGUGGUUCUGAGCGGUGGAGAUCCUGAUUACGUGGCUUUGCUACCGUCUGGUUUUGCUAUUUUACCUGAUGGUUCAGUCGGAGGAGGAGAUGGGAAUCAUCAAGAAGUGGUUUCUUCUACUUCUUCUGGGGGUUGUGGUGGUUCGCUUUUAACCGUUGCGUUUCAGAUUCUUGUUGACUCUGUUCCUACAGCUAAACUCUCACUUGGCUCGGUAGCUACGGUUAAUAGUCUGAUCAAAUGUACGGUGGAGAGGAUUAAAGCUGCCGUUUCUUGUGAUGGUGGAGGAGGAGCAUAGUUUUUUUCAGAAGAAGUAAGAAUAAGAGAAAAGGAAGGAGAAAAGCGAGCGGUUAUGGUUUCUCAUUUUGUGCUUUUUUUUUUUUUUUUGAAAUCCAAAGGAAGUCAAGAACGCACCUUUUGCGUUUAAUUUCAUCUCAAGAUGAUGAAAAAAGGUAAAGAGGUUCGGGUAUUGACUUCUGCUGGAAACCACGGUUUUCAAUUGUCUAUUUUGCGUUCUGCGUUUUGCUUGACAGUUCUUUGAACACUUUUUGGGUUUCCCCUUUUUGUGUUUCUCCCACCCAAGUGUCUGUUUCAUUGUUGUUUUGUAUUGUAAGCCUUUUUGUGGCACUUAACAGAUUAUGGGUAAAAUCGUUGUUGUCAGUACUACUAGUUGAACCGACGGACCAAUUUUCUAACAAACGUAAUUUUGUAUGGUAA